GAACUUAUUUAUGCCGCCAUUUUGUUACUGGGGUAACGGUCCAAAGUUACCCGUAUGUAAACAACUUUGUAUGACAAACGGAUUCAAAAAUAUGCGGACCCUUUGAUGGUCACAUGACAUGAAAAUGGCGGAAGGACAGUGGUUGGCUCUUCUCUUGUGUAUAACUUCAGUUUACCAUGUGACUUGUCUUAAUAAUGGGUUAGCACUGACCCCACCAAUGGGCUGGUUGUCAUGGGAACGAUACAGAUGUAUCACUGAUUGUGAAACAUAUCCAGAUGAUUGUAUAAGUGAAAAGCUAUACAUGGAAAUGGCCGACUUGCUAGUAUCUGAAGGUUACAAGGAUGUAGGAUAUCAGUAUGUCAAUAUUGAUGAUUGCUGGAUGUCUAAAGAAAGGGAUGGAAGAGGGUCCCUCGUAGCAGACCCAGAGAGAUUCCCACAUGGCAUUAAACAUCUAGCAGAUUAUAUACAUUCAAAAGGGCUGAAAAUGGGUAUAUAUGAGGACUUUGGAACAAAGACUUGUGGUGGUUACCCAGGUAGCAAGUUUUACCUGCAGGAAGAUGCAGAAACAUUUGCCUCAUGGGGUGUUGACAUGCUCAAACUAGAUGGUUGUUACACUAAUGCAGCAGAUUAUGAAUAUGGUUACCCGAUUAUGGAGUUCUUUUUGAACAGGACAGGACGACCAAUGUUAUAUUCCUGCAGUUGGCCUGCAUAUGUAUCUAAUCCUGAUUAUGUAAAGAUAGCAAAAUAUUGCAAUAUUUGGCGUAAUUAUGCUGAUAUAGGGGAUUCAUGGGACAGUGUACGAGGUAUUAUAGACUUUUAUGGAAAGGAUAAAGGGAACUUCAGUAAAGUAGCUGGACCUGGUCAGUUUAAUGAUCCUGAUAUGAUAAUAAUAGGAGACUAUGGGUUAAGUUAUGAACAACAGAGAACACAGAUGGCACUGUGGUCAAUGAUGGCUGCACCAUUAUUCAUGUCCAGCAAUCUGAGAAAAAUGCCCCAAAAGUCAAAGGCUUUACUGCAGAACAAGAGAGCUAUAGCCAUAAAUCAGGACCCACUUGGGAUACAAGGAACAAGAAUAGAUAUGAUUGGAAAAAACAUUCAAGUUUGGACGAAGCAGAUAUCACCUAAAGGAAAAUCCUUUGCAUUCACAUUUCUAAACACUGAUGAGGGUGGUAGCCCUACAAAGAUAAGCUACCCUUUGAAGAAGCUAGGUGCCAUAGCUCCUGCAGGAUACAAUGUUACUGAAGUUUUCUCAGGUGCUUUCGUUGGAAUGUUCAAGCCUCAAGACAGCCUUAAUGUCAGCGUAGAUCCAACUGGGGUGUUCUUCGGCAUGGCCAAAUUCCUUGGUUAGAUACCACUGUGAUAUAGACAUACAACAGCAACUUAUUUUAUACAUUCCAGAAUUAUUCUUGUAACACAAAGACAGUAUUGUUUUUUUUCUCAAGUCUUUGUUCAGUAUUCUUCUCGGUUAACCCUUAUCUUAAUCUGGGUUAUUCAAUGGAUGUUUACAUAUCGGUUUGGACCACAAUAAAUCAUUACCAGUA